GGCAGCAUCCUCCGGUUCGGGAAGUAUCCAAUCGAUUCCCUCGACGGGACCGCGGGGAAACAGUGCAGUAAAGGUUACAGUUUUUGCAUCUAAAGUAUGCAGAACGGUCGGUGACUGUGAGAGAUACAAUAAAAAAGCAAACGAAAUAGGAAGUGUAUCGAGUUUUAUAUUUACACGUGCUUUAUUUCACUGUCCGUUCGGGUCAGCGUGAAAAUGUCGGCCAAUUGUGAGAUUACUAUUACUAGCCCUCAGGAGGCCAACACCAAGAGCAGUCUGAUUGUGGUUUCCAACAGAUUACCAUUCGUGCUGAAGCGGGAUGCCAUAACGGGCCAGCUGUGUCGGCAUGCCAGUGCUGGUGGUUUGGUGACGGCCGUGGCACCCGUCGUGAUCAAGGGCAAAGGUCUGUGGGUCGGCUGGUCGGGUAUGACACUGACCGAGACCGAUAGCAUUCCGGAGUCCGAUCCAUCGGAUCGCACGCCGACGGCCGGUCUGCUGUCGGAACAGGUCGUUUCAGUCAACGUGGAACCGAAGCUGUUCGAUGACUACUACAAUGGCUGCUGUAACGGAACCUUUUGGCCGCUGUUCCAUUCGAUGCCCGGACGGGCCACGUUCUGUGCCAACAACUGGCGGGCAUACUACGAGGUGAACAAAGAGUUUGCCGCCCAAACGAUUGAGGCCCUGGAGCGAUGUUUGAAGCAGAAAAAGAAUCCCGGAAUUCCAAUCAUCUGGAUUCACGACUACCACCUUAUGCUGGCAGCAAAUUGGGUUCGUGAAGCGGCCGAAGAGCGAAACCUUCCGUGCCAUUUAGCGUUCUUCCUGCACAUACCGUUUCCUCCGUGGGACAUUUUUAGACUGUUUCCGUGGUCCGAUGAAAUUCUGCAGGGUAUGCUUGCAUGUGACAUGAUCGGUUUCCACAUUCAGGAUUAUUGCCUAAACUUUGUGGACUGCUGUCAGAGAAAUCUUGGCUGUCGCGUAGAUCGUAAAAAUCUACUAGUCGAGCACGUCGGCAGAUCGGUAAGAGUCAGACCGUUACCGAUCGGAAUCCCCUUCGAUAGGUUCGUAGAACUGGCAAAAAAGGCAAAGCGUGUUAUCAAAACCAAACAAAAAAUCAUCCUCGGUGUAGAUAGGCUGGACUACACGAAAGGACUGGUUAACAGAUUGAAAGCUUUCGAAGUGUUACUGGAGAAGCAUCCGGAGCAUCGGGAAAAUGUUAGUUUAUUACAAAUUUCUGUGCCCUCCAGAACAGAUGUUAAGGAAUACCAAGAACUUAAGGAAGAAAUGGAUCAGUUGGUCGGACGUAUAAAUGGACGCUUCACAACCGCAAAUUGGUCUCCCAUUCGCUACAUCUUCGGUUGCGUUGGACAGGAAGAGCUGGCCGCCUUCUAUCGGGAAGCAUCGGUCUGCCUAGUGACGCCACUUCGUGACGGUAUGAACUUGGUCGCCAAGGAAUUCGUUGCUUGUCAGAUCAACGAACCGCCUGGAGUGCUGAUCGUAUCCCCGUUCGCCGGUGCCGGCGAAACAAUGCACGAAGCGAUGCUGUGCAAUCCGUACGAGAUAGAAUCGGCCGCGAAAGUGAUACAUCGGGCCCUGACGAUGCCCGAGGACGAGCGUUCGCUGCGGAUGGCGCGGUUGCGAAGGCGCGAGAUGCAGCAGGACGUCAACAACUGGAUGAGACAGUUUUUGAAAGCGAUGGAUUCGCUGGAGGAGGAUGACAUCGGUACGACCACCAUGCAGCCAGUUUCGGUGGAUGAUUUCGAUGAGUAUCUGUUGAACUACGUCGGAUACAAUCACAAACUGGCCCUGCUGCUGGAUUACGACGGUACUCUGGCUCCGAUCGCGCCCCAUCCGGAUCUGGCGACUCUGCCGCCGGAGACCAAAAACGUACUUCAACGGCUGUCCAAUCACUCCGACGUGUACAUUGCCGUCAUUUCCGGUCGAAACGUGGAGAACGUCAAGAAGAUGGUCGGUAUCGAGGGAAUAACCUACGCCGGAAACCAUGGGCUGGAAAUCUUGCACCCGGACGGCAGCAAGUUCAUCCAUCCGAUGCCGAUCGAGUACGAAGACAAGGUCACCGGAUUGCUGAAGGCACUGCAAGAGGAGGUUUGCCACCACGGCGCCUGGGUGGAAAAUAAAGGGGCUUUACUGACGUUUCACUAUCGUGAAACACCGCUGGAGCUGCGAACGGAACUAGUUGAAAAAGCCCGCCAUCUGAUAAUUCAGAAUGGAUUCCGAGCCACUGAGGCGCACUGUGCCGUGGAAGCGAAACCUCCGGUACAGUGGAACAAGGGCCGUGCAUCGAUCUACAUUCUCCGCACGGCGUUCGGUGUCGACUGGAGCGAACGCAUCAAGAUCAUCUACGCCGGUGAUGACGUGACCGAUGAGGAUGCCAUGAUGGCACUGAAGGGGCUGGCAGCCACGUUCCGAAUUACCAACGCGCAGAUCGUCAAAACGUCCGCCGAGCGGCGUCUUCCCUCGACCGAUUCGGUGCUGACGAUGCUGAAAUGGGUCGAGAAGCACUUUAUGCGCCGCAAGCCGCGAUCGAACAGUUUAACCUACAAAAAUCGGAAACGGGAUUGCGUCAAGAUGCAGCUAGCAUUCGAUUUGGUGCCCAAUAUAAGUCCGGCAAACAGCGCGGCGAACAGCUCCGACGAGCGAGAUUAGCCGGAGAAGAAGAGCACUACGGUCGAAGAUGCUAGGAAAUGUUUUGUAAUUUUAUUUAGUGUUAGUAAUUUUCAUGUUGAUUUCUUUUAAACAAAAAUUUUAACUGUACGUUAUAAUGCUUGUUGCUAGAUUAUCUGUAAAUUUUAUCGAGCGUUAAAUAUAAGUAGAAGUUAGCGAGAGCUCCCGGUUGGUUUCUU